GACAACGUCGCGCGGCAACCCGAAUUUAGUUCGUGCCGAAUGACUGGCGCGCACGUUGCCUGUGUGUUUACAUUCGUUCGAUAGUCUAGUUAUGAGCCGCGUGAAAUUUAAAAGGCGUGCGGAUAUAAAUCGCGGCUGAAACGGUGUAGUCGGAAAAAACCUGUCUUAUCGUAGCCUAUCCGAAGAUGGAGUGCGAUCUCAAAACAUCUCGGAGGACGGCGUGCCGUCUCUCCGCAGAUUCCCGGAUUGACAUCGAAUUUCAGGACCUGAGCUACACCGUCCCCGAAGGACGAAACGGCUCAAAAUUGAUACUUCGAAGCGUGAACGGUCGAUUUCAGUCGGGCGAAUUGUCCGCCAUCUUGGGACCGUCUGGGGCUGGCAAGAGCACCUUGUUAAAUGUACUAGCAGGUUACAAGGUUCACCACGCCACUGGGCAGGUAUCGAUAAAUGGCAGGCUCAGAAACCUGAAAGAUUUUGGAAAGAUUUCGCGGUACAUCAUGCAAGACGAUUUGGUACAGCCCAUGUUGACCGUUCAGGAGUCAAUGAUGGUGGCGGCCAAUUUAAAACUAGACCUUAACGCCACUCAACAAGAAAAAUGCAAUGCGAUUCAGGAAAUAUUAGACCUGUUGAGACUUACGAGUACUGUUGAUACUAGGACUACCGAGCUGUCGGGAGGUCAGAGGAAAAGGCUAUCUAUAGCGCUUGAACUAUUGAACAAUCCGCCAGUGUUAUUUCUGGACGAACCAACUACAGGCCUGGACGACUUAUCCUGUAGCCAGUGCAUAGCUCUGCUGAAGCAAAUCGCACUUGGUGGUAGGACGGUGGUGUGUUCAAUACAUACCCCGAGUGCGUCGAUAUUUUCAAAAUUCGACAGCGUGUAUAUUAUGUCGAUGGGUCAGUGCAUUUAUCAAGGAUUUGGAUUGGACGUGGUCUUCUUUCUUUCAAAUUUAGAUUUGCACUGCCCUAAACAUUACAAUCCCGCUGAUUUUAUUAUCGAAGUGGCCAGCGGAGAAUACGGAAAUUACCAAGAAAAACUUGUUUCCACCAUCGACAACGGAAGGAUUAAGUACUGCGAGAAGAAUGAUACAAGACUGACGGAGAGUGAAAGAAAAUUUUCCGUAAAUGGUAUUUAUGCGGAGGACGAUACCCCGGAAAUCCACAGUAAUUACCCAAAAGAAAAGUUGGGAUGGAUGCAACAGUACAAAAUAUUACUGAUGAGGAUGUGGGUGCAAAUGUGGAGGGACAAGUGUUACAUGUUGCUGAGGGUAAUUUUGCACAUAAUAACUGGCGUCUUGAUCGGUAACGUUUACCUCGGUAUGGGGGUGGACGGCUCGAAAACACUGUUCGUGUUUGGAUUUUAUUUUAUUUGUCUCAUAUUUUUCAUGUACAUCCCCAUGAUGCCGUGUUUAUUGCAAUUUCCCAGAGAGUUUCAACUCAUAAAACGGGAGCAUUUCAACAAAUGGUACCGGCUGAGUGCUUACUUUGCGGCACUUACCACUUCCACGCUGCCCGUCCAUCUGGUAUUGGGUUGUAUUUACGUAAUGCUUGUGUACUUCCUUACAAAUCAACCCAUGGAACUGAACAGGCUGAGCAUGUUCUAUUUCAUUUGUAUGAUGACCGCCGUUAUCUCCGAAAGCUUGGGGCUUCUAAUCGCGUCGCAAUUUUCCAUUGUCAAUUCUGUAUUCGUUGGACCUGUCAUAGCGGUACCUUUCAUGCUUCUCGCUGUGUACGGAUUCGGCGGUGGAUAUUAUUCGAUUCCCAAGUGGAUACGGAUCGCGAUGUACUGUAGUUACCUACGUUACUCGCUAGAGGGCCUCAUCCAGACGAUGCUCACCGGGAGAGAAAAACUCGCGUGUCCGGAGCAUGAAGAGUUUUGCAUCUACACCGACCUGGAAUAUUUCGUGAAGGAAAUCGGAAUGCAAGACAAUAUUAUCUGGAUCGAUAUCGCCGCCCUUGUUGUUAUUUAUUUGAUAUUUAGGGGAGGGUUCUAUUACUUGUUGAGGCAGAGGCUAUCGCCCAACAAAACUUUUAUCGCUUUAGCCUACGUCGGCCGAUUAGUUAAGGCCCAAUUUGCCAGGUGAUUAACGGUAAUUUGUUCUUGAAACUUAACAAUAAAGAAUGUGAUGGUAUUUACUUUAGUUUUCUUUUUUAAAUUAUUCAGAAUGAGUGUCCAUCAUACUUGCAUCACCCACUAAUCUGUACUUUGCGCCAUUUUCUUCCUAAACAUCGAUCUCCACCCUUUUCAUUCGUUUUCCCGAGACAUUUAACAUUUAGCGCUACAUCUAAACUGACAUCUGUCAAAUUGACGACCUGUCAACGGCCAUGUCGGUUUAAAGAACAGGUUCAUCUGGCUGUAUGGAGUUCAUAAUAU